AAAUGAGUACCUAGACUGAGCAGUGAAGCGGCGGCGGCGCGGUGCAGGUGACAAUGUGCGGCGACGCAACCAACUGGGACGAAAAUGCGUACAGGGAGCGCCUCCUCAAGGGGAGGGAGAUCCAAACCCAAACCGUUUUCCGUACGGCUUGGGCUCCUAGUCCCCGAAACCCUAAUCCUCACUCUCUCGUCGUUGCUUCCAGCGACGGUUCUAUCGCCUCCUACUCCAUCCCUUCCUGCAUCUCUAACCUCAAAAAUAAUACCGAUGCCAAUGCGGCUAGAUUAUUGGCUGAACCAGAUUGCUUCUUUCAAGGGCAUGAUGGACCUACAUAUGAUGUCAAAUUCUAUGGUGAUGGUGAAGAUGCACUGUUGUUAAGUUGUGGAGAUGAUGGGUGGAUUCGAGGAUGGAGGUGGAAGGAACUUGCAAACUCAAAUAGUGCUGUUUCUUCUCAAGGAAACAAUAUCAAACCCAUACUUGACCUGGCAAAUCCUCAACACAAAGGUCCUUGGGGUGCACUUUCACCUAUCCCUGAGAAUAAUGCUAUUGCUGUUGAUUCUCAGGGGGGAUCUGUUUUCUCUGCUUCUGGUGAUUCUUGUGCAUAUUGUUGGGAUGUGGAAACUGGUAAAGUGAAAAUGGUAUUUAAGGGGCACUUGGACUACUUGCACUGCAUAGUUGCUCGCAACUCAUCCAAUCAGAUUAUAACUGGUUCAGAGGACAGGACUGCACGAAUUUGGGAUUGCAAAAGUGGAAAGUGUAUCAAAGUGAUUGAUCCAGUAAAAGAUUUGAACUCAAAAGGAUCUGUUUCAUGGGUUGGCUGUGUUGCAUUAGAUGCAAGUGAGAGCUGGUUGGCUUGCAGUAGUGGACGGAAUAUAUCCCUUUGGAACCUUCCUGCUUUAGAGUGCUUAUCAAGGAUUUCAACUCGUGCUUCUGUACAGGACAUGCUAUUUGACAGCAACCAAAUUUUGGCAGUUGGUGCAGAUCCUCUACUGAAUCGCUUUGACAUGAAUGGUGCAAUCCUUUCGCAAAUACAGUGUGCUCCUGCAUCAGCUUUCUCUGUCUCCUUACAUCCUGCAGGGGUUGUGGCAGUUGGAGGUUAUGGAUGUCUUGUAGAUGUUAUCUCACAAUUUGGUAGCCAUAUGUGCACAUUCCAUUGCAAUGACUUUGGCGGUGGAGAAUGGAGAUGCAUGGGUUCAAUGAGUUUGACUUGUGUGUUGCUUCUAUCUAUCCGAGGAGUUUGGGAAACCCUAACUCCGCUCGAUCUUCUUCCACUGCAAACAUCUUCGUCCUCUUCAUCAUCAACAUCAAUAUCAACAUCAUCAUCCGCAGUCAUGGCAGGAGCUGCACCUGAGGGAACACAGUUCGAUGCUCGUCAAUUUGAUGCAAAAAUGAAUGAUUUACUCACAGCUGAUGGACAGGACUUCUUCACAUCUUAUGAUGAGGUGUACGAUAGCUUUGAUGCUAUGGGUUUGCAAGAGAAUCUCCUCAGAGGCAUUUAUGCCUAUGGUUUUGAAAAGCCAUCAGCUAUUCAGCAAAGGGGAAUAGUCCCAUUUUGCAAGGGACUUGAUGUUAUUCAACAGGCCCAAUCCGGAACUGGAAAAACUGCAACUUUCUGCUCUGGAAUCCUGCAACAACUUGACUACAGCCUGACUGAAUGUCAGGCCUUGGUUUUAGCGCCAACCCGUGAGCUUGCUCAGCAGAUUGAGAAGGUUAUGCGGGCGCUUGGAGAUUAUCUAGGUGUGAAGGUUCAUGCCUGUGUGGGAGGCACCAGUGUUCGUGAAGACCAACGCAUUCUAGCCAGCGGUGUUCAUGUUGUUGUUGGUACUCCUGGACGUGUCUUUGAUAUGCUGCGCAGACAGUCACUUCAGCCGGAUCACAUUAAAAUGUUUGUGUUGGAUGAGGCCGAUGAAAUGCUUUCAAGGGGUUUUAAAGACCAGAUCUACGAUAUAUUCCAGUUGUUGCCAUCGAAGAUUCAGGUUGGAGUUUUCUCUGCCACAAUGCCCCCUGAGGCCCUUGAAAUUACUAGAAAGUUCAUGAACAAACCUGUGAGGAUCCUUGUGAAGCGCGACGAGCUCACUUUGGAGGGUAUAAAGCAGUUUUAUGUCAAUUGUGAGAGAGAGGAAUGGAAGCUCGACACACUUUGUGAUCUGUACGAGACAUUAGCCAUUACCCAGAGUGUCAUUUUUGUCAACACCAGAAGGAAGGUAGAUUGGUUGACGGACAAGAUGCGAAGCCGAGACCACACAGUGUCAGCCACCCACGGAGACAUGGACCAGAAUACGAGGGACAUCAUUAUGCGGGAGUUCCGUUCUGGGUCUUCCCGUGUUCUGAUAACAACCGAUCUUCUGGCACGUGGUAUUGAUGUUCAGCAAGUGUCUCUCGUAAUAAACUAUGAUCUCCCUACACAGCCCGAGAACUAUCUCCACCGUAUCGGUCGUAGUGGUCGGUUUGGUAGAAAGGGUGUUGCCAUCAACUUUGUCACGAAGGAUGAUGAAAGAAUGCUGUUCGACAUCCAGAAGUUUUAUAAUGUGCAAAUCGAGGAGCUGCCUGCAAAUGUUGCUGAACUCCUCUGAUGAGAUUGUCUUCCAACAUGUCUGAGAAAAGCUAGUUUAUGUUUGGUUGUGUUAUGUAAUGUUUCUUCUCCCCCUUCCCCAACCCCUCUUUUUUUCCUCGUUCGGUAUUUCCUUUGAAACCCUUUUUUAAUGGGCCUAGUAAGUUUAUUUAGAUUGUCAGUCGUUUGGAUAUCCAAAGUGUAAGGCACUUGAAAUUAGAAACCGAUUAUUGCCCAUUUUGGUGUAUGGCUGUGUCGCACGUUUCUGUAAGGUAAUUUAUCUAAUGGUACUUUUUGUGGCA